AUGCUCCCCGCACUCCGCAUCGCCUCCCGUCAAGUCACCGCUCGUCGAGCGCCGGCCGUGGCCGCUCAGGCUGUCAGAGCUGGGUCUACCUGGGCCAACGUUCCCCAGGGCCCUCCCGAUGUAAGUGUCACCGAAGCCUUCAAGGCCGACAGCUUCGAGAAGAAGAUCAACCUCGGUGUCGGAGCCUACCGUGAUGACCAGGGCAAGCCCUACGUGCUACCCUCUGUCCGCGCCGCCGAAGACAAGGUCAUUGCGAAGCGCCUGAACAAGGAGUACCUCGGCAUCACCGGCCUCCCCGAAUUCACCACCGCUGCUGCCAAGCUCGCCUAUGGCAAUGACUCUCCAGCCCUCGAGCGUGUAGUCAUCACCCAGUCCAUCUCCGGAACCGGUGCCCUCCGCAUCGGUGGCGCCUUCCUGAACCGCUUCUUCCCCGGCGCUAAGACCAUCUACAUCCCGUCCCCUUCGUGGGCCAACCACAAGGCCGUCUUCAGCGACUCCGGCUUCAAGGUCAAGGAGUACCGCUACUACAACAAGAACACCAUCGGCCUGGACUUUGAAGGGUUGCUCGCCGAUCUCAACGCCGCUCCCAAGGAGAGCAUCUUCCUGUUCCACGCCUGUGCCCACAACCCGACUGGUGUCGAUCCUACCCCUGAGCAGUGGAAGGAGAUCAGCAAUGUCGUCAAGGCCCAGGGCCACUAUCCCUUCUUCGAUAUGGCCUAUCAAGGCUUCGCCAGCGGUGACACCAAUAAGGACGCCUUUGCCUUGCGGCAUUUCGUCGAACAGGGCCACGGCGUUGCCCUGGCGCAAAGCUUUGCCAAGAACAUGGGUCUGUACGGAGAACGCGUGGGUGCCUUCUCGAUAUUAGCCUCGUCCCUUGAGGAGAAGAAGCGUAUCGACUCGCAGAUCAAGAUCCUGAUCCGACCCUUCUACUCGAACCCGCCGCUGCACGGCGCGAGAAUCGCGGCCGAGAUCCUCAACAGCCCGGAUCUGUACCAGCAAUGGCUGGGCGAGGUGAAGGGUAUGGCCGACCGCAUCAUCAACAUGCGCGCUCUGCUAAGGAGCAAUCUCGAGAAACUCGGAAGCACCCACGACUGGAGCCACAUCACCUCGCAGAUUGGAAUGUUCGCCUACACUGGCCUCGACCCCGACUCUAUGGAUAAGCUGGCCAAGGAGCACAGCGUCUAUGCCACCAAGAACGGCCGUAUCAGCGUGGCCGGCAUCACCAGCGGCAACGUUGGCCGCCUGGCAGAGGCCAUCUAUAAGGUGAAGGGCUGA